UGUCCGCCAUGCUGGGGUGAGACAGCGAGUUUCCUUUCAUUUUCCCGGUUAGUCCAUUUGAACUGUCAGUUUCUUCUGGGAUUUUUAGGUCUCCGCGAUGCUUUCGACACAUAUGUUUGGGGAGAACGGGAAGAUGAAGGAGUACCAUUACACAGGACCAGUCGAGCACAAAUUUUCCCCUUACGCCUUUAAUGGGGGCACAGUUCUGGCAGUGGCCGGCGAAGACUUUGCUAUCGUGGCCUCAGACACCCGACUGAGUGAAGGGUACUCCAUCCACAGCCGGGAUUCUCCCAAGUGCUACAAGCUGACAGAUACCACAGUCAUUGGCUGCAGUGGUUUCCAUGGAGACUGCUUGACACUUACUAAAAUCAUUGAUGCAAGACUCAAGAUGUACAAGCACUCCAACAACAAGACGAUGACAAGCGGAGCCAUUGCCGCCAUGCUGUCCACCAUCCUGUACAGCAGACGCUUCUUCCCUUACUAUGUUUACAACAUCAUCGGUGGCCUGGAUGAGGAGGGUCGGGGUGCCGUGUACAGCUUUGAUCCAGUUGGGUCCUACCAGAGAGACACCUACAAAGCUGGAGGGUCUGCCAGCGCCAUGCUGCAGCCUCUGCUUGACAACCAGAUCGGGUUUAAGAACAUGGAGAAUGUUGAGCAUUUGCCCCUGAGCCUGGAGAAGGCUGUUCAGCUGGUCAAAGACGUCUUCAUCUCAGCUGCCGAGAGGGAUGUGUACACCGGUGAUGCACUCAAACUUUGCAUAGUUACAAAGGAUGGCAUCAAGGAGGAGACUGUUCCGCUCAGGAAGGAUUGAGAGCCCCUUCUCAUUUCCACCCAGAAAACAGCCCUUUUCCCCAACCUAUACUUGUUAAACCUUUUCCAUUAUUUGUACUGAUUUAUCAAGGUGAAUAAAACUGUGUAAAGCCA